CAAUGAACCGAGAUCGAAGACAUAAUGCUGGCAAUCGUAUGUCCAAACUCCUGGACAACGAGGAAGACUGCCAGGACGAAUUUUACAAGGUCAACUACGGCGGUUUCGAGGAAACUGAAACAGACAAUGAAUAUGAGGCGCAGGAAGAUGACGAAGAUAUAGUCGAUUCAGACUUCAGUAUUGAUGAAAAUGACGAACCUGUAUCCGACACAGAAGAACAGCCAGAGAAGAAAAAACGCCGGCUUGUAACCAAAUCAUACAAAGAACCUGUAUCCACAAAACAACAGCAACAACCACCCAAACCCCGACCUAAACCCAAACCUAAACAACCAAGAACAGAAUCCAGACAAAUCCCAUAUGAAUAUCUGGAUUUCACUGAAAGAAAAUCAAUUCGCAAGACAACUGCUGCAAAAACAGCUGAAACUGCACAAAGAGUCAAAGUACGAAAUCAAGUACAAAAGAAAAGAAUCAGAAGGAAAGAGGAUGACUGGGUGCCAACACAGGAAGAACUCUUAGAAGAAGCUAAAGUAACAGAAGGUGAAAAUAUAAAAUCACUGGAAAAGUAUCAACAGUUAGAAGAUGAAAAGAAAACAAAAAAGAUUACCAAGAAGAUCUCAUCAGGCCCAACUAUAUUAUAUCAAUCACUAAAAAUGCCUGUUAUUGAUGAGAAUGAUACAGAAAAUGAAGAUAACAAUGAGAGUAAGUUCUACGAAAGGACUUUGAUUACUUUUAUGAAUGAUCCCAAUGAUGAAUUGGUUGAUACUUUCUUUAAAAGUAAGAAACCGAGGCAUGUGCCUAAAGCAAAAUGUGCAAUUACAAAUUUGAACGCGAAAUAUGUGGAUCCGUUGACUUCACUGCCAUACAACAACAGUAAGUGUUUCAAAUUGAUACGAGAGACUUAUUAUCAGCAGAUUGAAGCGCACGGCGACCGUAAUAAUCCAAUGGUUGCGGAAUGGCUGAAACGGUACUCUUUGCAUAAAUAUUGUGGGUUACCUGUUGAUAAUAUGUGAAUGUAAGUAUAAAUAUGCAUAACAAAUAAAGCUUGAGAUGAAUAAAUUGAUAAUUAUGCA